AUGUACAAUAUAUUCUUAGGUUCAGUAAAUGCAGAUAAUUCGAUGAAUGCAGGUACUACAAUUUUAGCAACGGCAUCCAAAUCAUCUGGUCCUGCCAUCGUUCAGUACACGAAAUCAUCGUCAGUGGCUAACACAUAUUUGUUAAAUACAGCGAAUAUGUUUGAUCUGAACACAACCAAUGGUCAAGUAUAUGUGAGAACAAACCCUGCUGUAGAAUACGAUUAUACGUACACUAUUGGAGUAUGUAUACACAGUCGACGCCAACAGUCGUGUGCAACUAUGACGAUUAACUUUGACGGUUGUUUCCAAACACCAAAUUGUCGAGAUCAGAGCGAUACCACCACCUUUAGUGAUCAAUUCCCAGACGGCGGUACCUUGUUCACAAUGACAUACGACAAUCCGUCGGCUCAUUUCACGUCGAUCAGUUCAACAUGGCAGAAUCUUAACUUUAAUAUAACGUCGACUACACUUAAUGUGGCAUCACUUGACCUUAAUACAGGUGUCCUUUCAACAACAGGUAAUGUUACAGUAUGGCCGGAUUACCCUUACUCCACACAUACCAUUGUAGUUACAGUGAGUAAUCCUGGACAUUCGUGUUCCUAUACCUCAACAUGCACAAUAAGCAUGCGGUUCUCUUUCACUAACUGGCCUAUCAGCAUUACAAAUACGGAUUUAAGCACAAAUCACCACGAGGACACUGAUGCACGGACUCUCGUGCACAGUAUUAUCACAUAUGACUACAACAAUCCGGACCAUGACAACGUCACGUGCGUUGUUGUCACCAAUGAAGAACCAACCCUUCUUGAAUUAACCCAUGACGGCAACUACAGUUACAAUUUUGGUCACCCAACAGUAUCGAGUCUGGUCAGAUUGCGGGCUGCCAUGACUCGAGAUUGA